CGGACGCGCGCGGCGGGGAUGCAGCAUGGCAGAGGCGCCCGGCGCCCCGCACCGCACCACGGGCUCCACCCUGCUGCACCCGCUCAGCGCCCUGCUGGGCAUCCCGCUGGACCAGAUCAAUUUUGUAGCCUGUCAACUGUUUGCCCUUUUGGCUGCUUUUUGGUUUCGUAUUUACUUGGGUCCCAGUCAUGCCAGUUCUGCUGUUCGCCACGCAUUUGCCACCCUCUUUGGAAUAUACUUUGCUGUCUUCUGCUUUGGGUGGUAUUCCAUACAUCUUUUUGUCCUGGUGAUGAUGAACUAUGGCAUUAUGAACAUGGCGAGUAUUCCAAACAUCCACAGGUACUCCUUUGUCGUAGCUAUGGGAUACCUCACGUUAUGCCACAUAAGCCGAAUAUACAUAUUUCACUAUGGUAUUCUUACUACAGAUUUUUCUGGUCCCUUGAUGAUAAUUACACAGAAGAUCACAACACUUGCAUGCCAGCUCCAUGAUGGAAUAGGGCGACAAGCUGAGGAACUCACUGCUGAGCAAAAUCGACUUGCUGUAAAGACCAGACCUUCUUUACUGGAGUACUUAAGUUAUCUCCUCAAUUUUAUGAGCAUCAUAGCUGGGCCGUGCAGCAAUUACAAGGAUUACAUAGCCUUCAUUGAAGGAAGGCACGUGCACAUGAAACUCUUGGAAGUGAACUGGAAGCAGAAGGGUUAUGACAGACUUCCUGAUCCAUCUCCAACUGGAGCAGUGAUGUACAAGCUGUGUAUCACAGUUGUAUCUCUAGUUUUGUUCUUAACACUUACCAAGAACUUCCCUGUGGCAUAUAUUGUUGAUAAUGAAUUUCUUGAGAAAACAUCCUUCUUGUCAAGACUUGGUUACCUGUAUGUUGUUACACAGGCAGCAAAGCCAAAGUAUUACUUUGCAUGGACGUUAGCAGAUGCAGUCAACAAUGCGGCUGGUUAUGGAUUCAGUGGAGUGGAUGAGAGAGGCAUUUUCCGUUGGGACCUGUUAUCCAAUUUAAAUAUCUGGAAUAUUGAGACUGCGACAAGUUUUAAAAUGUACAUUGAAAACUGGAACAUUCAGACAGCUGCCUGGCUAAAACGAGUUUGCUACGACAGAGCUCCCUGGUACCCUACAGCUUUGACAUUUAUCCUGUCGGCCCUGUGGCAUGGUAUCUAUCCUGGAUAUUAUUUUACGUUCCUCACUGGAAUCCUUAUCACGCUCGCAGCCAGAGCAAUAAGAAACAAUUGCAGACAAUACUUCCUGGCACCAGUGCCUCUCAAGGCAGCCUAUGAUAUUGCUACAUGGGUUGUCACUCAACUGGCUGUUUGCUAUACUGUUGCACCUUUCGUUAUGCUGGCUGUUGAGCCCACAAUUAAGUUUUAUAAGUCUAUGUAUUUCCACAUGCACAUCCUAAGCAUCCUGGUGUUGCUAGUGUUACCAAUCAGACCUCAAGCUCACUCCAUAAGAAGGCCUCAAAAGCAGGUCACGCAGAACUCUGUUAAAAACAAAGACAAAUGACACCUCCAAAGAAAACCGUUGACACUGGGACGUGAACUGUCACAUUGGAAACAAACAGGGAAGAAGAAAAAGGGGGGGAGGGGAGGGACAAGCUGCAAGAGAAAUGGCAUUACUAUUGCUCAUCAUAAAACCUUACUGGAGAGGGCAGAAAAGAGCCAGAAAGACUGUGUUUCAGAUAACUCCAGGUAACAGAGUUAUACAGGUGACUUUUACAGGCUCAAGGGGCAUUUUGAUUUUUUUUUUUAAAUAAAUAUUUUUAUGAAGUGUUUUUAUAUAUUUAAACUUUUUCACACAGAGAGGUGUUUUUGCUCUUUUACAGAAAUAUACCAUUAUUAAACAAUACUAUUGUGAUUAAAGGGACAGGAAGGACCUAGUAAAGAGUUAAACCAGCUGCUUAGUAGCCUGGCGCUCGGGACGGCUGGUGAGACAGCUUUUCGUAUGGUGGCAAAGAAGAGAGAGGACGUGCAUGGAGAACCACAGAAAUGGGAGUGCUCGAUGUGCCGGCGCUGACUGCUGCCCCGGCAGGGAGAAGAGAGAGCCGGGCUUUCCCGGGCAAGCCCCGCAGCAGGGACUCCUGCCUGAGCUUGGCAGGGAGCAUAUUCCACCUCCCUCAAAGUGAGCCUGCUGGUAUGAGGGCAGGGCAAGUCCCUUGGGAAGAGGCGCCCGGGAACACUGCCAACCACUUAGGUCAAAGCUUAAAGCCAAGUAAAAGCAACAUGAAAAGGGAAGAAAGCCCAGAGUAGUGAAAAUAAGGGAAUAUCCUGUGAUCUGUAGAAUCAGGCUUCUCCGUUAAUGCAGCCGGUGCUCGUUGCUACUGCAGCCUUACUUUGCUCUUUCAGAGCGUUGUAGCACUUCCAUUUUGUGAUCGAAGUAACCGAGAAGCCAUGCAGUUUGAGAUUGCUCAGAGUCACAGUUGUGGGUUAAACCUGAAAAAGGUUAGUAAUAGGUCAGCCUGUUCUGCACUAGAGGUUUAGCAGUAGAUCAGACUGUUCUACACAGAAGCGCCCUGUCUUGUGGGGGAAUUUCUUUCCAGACAUUGAAUGCUAAAAUGAAAAUGAAACAAUAAUAGCUACUGUCAUAAUAAAUAAUUCUGGACAAAACAAGGAGUGUGAUGCAGUGUGAUCAUCACAGGAGUCAGCACCGAGUCCUUAUGUGAUCUUGACAAGCCACUUAACCUUUUGGUACAAGUUUCCCUGCUUGUAAAAUCCAAAGCUUACAGGGAUGUUGUGAGGUUUCUAAGGGCUUAUAGUGCUUUGAAAUAAGUUGCUGCAAAAUGCUGUGUCAGUUUUUUAUUUGGUUUUCCUUUUUAAAUCUACUUAACCCUGCAAAAUAAUAGGACACUUCAGAAUGACUAAAACAUCUUAAAAAAGGUUUACUGUUUUCCAGGAAUGGUUUUCUCAGGAUUUUUAGAAGCAAUUCCCUUGUAAAGUAUUGGUAUUUUUUAUUUAGUUAUUGAACUGAAGUGUGAGUAAGCAAAGAAUCUGCUGUUUAUUGCAUUCUGAUUUCUGUGUUGGAUUAAAAUUCUGCAGAAAUUUCCCCUUAUGUUGGGAAGGAAACAAGUCAGUGAAACGAAAACAAGUUUUAAAAAUGUUUGAUUUUCGUGUUUUCUGGUGGAGAGAUUUUGUCCUGUGACAUGAUUCAGAGCGUGUUUUAUGGGAGAGUUUAUUUGGUAAUUUAUUUUGAAGGCGAGAUGGUAUUAAAAGAUGCUUCUGAAUAAACAAAUUGC